AUGCUCAAAAUGUUUUGGAAAAGGAUGGACGAGGCGGCAGAGGGAGUAGGAGUGGGAGGGGGUGCCGGACACGAGGGAGGAGGCGAGGGGGCGCCACGCGUUGUAGUUGAGUACAGCUACGAGGAGGAGGAGGAGAUCAAGGAGGAUACAUCGAGGCAAGCUCAGCACGGGGUGAGCGGCCCGGGCGGCAAUGCGAAUGAGCAGGAGGGCUCGAGCUCGGAAUCGAGCUCCGGCUCGAGCUCGAGCGAUGAGUCGAUCGAGCACGACGGCGAGGGUUUAGGGUUACAUCCAGGUUGGACGGAGCGUACGGAGAAGCACGGAGUGGCGCUCGGGGAGCGGGUGGACGAGCAGCAGGCGACGGGGGACGAUUGGGAUGUCGAAGAGCAGGAGGGCGGAGCGGCUGGGCAGGAUUUUGGGACAGGAGUGCAGCAGCAGGAGGGCAGGGCGGCUGCGCAGGAGGGUGGGGUCGGAGGGCAGCAGCAGGAGGGCGUGGUGGCUGCGCAGGAGGGUGGAGCGGGAGGGCAGGAGCAGGAGGGCGGGGAGGCUGCGCAGGAGCGACUUGUCGCAGUAAGAAGGAGACACCGCACGGCCAGUGGCAGCGGACAGGCGGGCCCUUCGACGGCAGGCCAUUCGACGCCGGCCAUUGCAUUCGGAGACCAGGUCGUUGAGCUACUGCAGAGGGUCGCGGAGGUCGAGGCGUCGCAGAAGAAGCUCGUCGCAGACGUAUUUGCGAAGCACUGUAGGCAAGCCACUGUUUUCAACAAGCUUGCUGGGGAUUUUCGGACGUCAUGGAAUAUGAUUUCGGAGUCGUCGAAGAGCACGCUGAUGCAGUGUGGCGAUGCCGUAAACGGUGUCACGGAGGAGAGGAAGCUGUUGGAAGGGGCACGCUCGAAGCUCGACGAGAUGAGCAGGAAAAUCAUCGAGGGGGUGGCAGGCGCGAUCACAAAAGCGAGCGAGGACGCCGUCGAGAAGCAGCUCAAGCUUGUCGAGGAGCGGCUGGUUGCUUCGGUCGUGAAGGGUAUUGAGAAAGCUGUCAAGGAGGACUUGUUCUACUCCACCCUCCCGCCCGAGAGCAUGAAGGAGCUGAAGGUCGUUGGCCUCGGAAAAAAGGGUGGGAAAGGAGUGGUUGUGGGGGAGAAAUAUGGUGCCCCAAUCGGCCAGGUCGCCUCAGCCGGGAAAGGAGCCGUGGAAAAGCGAGGUGCCCCUACCCCGUCCGGCGGCGCUGCGGGGAAAGGAGCGGGGAAGAAAUGGGGUGAUCCCAGCCAGGUCGCCGUCGCUGCUGGGUUGCUGUCGAAGACAAAGGCCGACUCCGCUGCGCAGCUCAGCAUUGCUGGCCGUCCUGUCGAGCCUGUGGGAAAGAGGUCGUCGUCCGUUUUAGGCGACGUCUCCCUUAGCAAACCCGGUUCCCCUCCUCCUGGUCCGAGGCCAAGGUCCCCUUCUGCGUCGAAGAAAAGGCAGGCUGUGACGAAGUCGACGAAGCGGGCUGCAAAGGCAACAGAGAGCAGUGACGUCGAGAAGGCGUCUACCGUCGUUGCUGCUCGACACGAAAAGUCAAAGAAGCCCAAGGUGAUCGGCUACGCCCCACCUCCUCCGCCGGAUGACCAAGGCAGGACGAGAGCCUGCAAAGCUCCCUUCAAAGGACCGGGCAUGAUGUCGCGCAAGGGGAAGCCGGUUUCCGAGCAGACCGUAGGCUCGAGGAAGCGGUUCGUGGGCAAUUUUGAAACGGAGGGGGACCAGAAGUUUUGUACGGCCAUCUGCUGGCUCGUGUACUUCCUCGACAUAGACCUCAAGGAGUACGAGGGGUUCACGGCGCAGGAUGAGAAGGACUGGAAGGUCUAUCUCGAUGCAGCAGCGCGAUGA